CUCACUGCUCGCACUUAUCAAGUCAUGGCCACAACCCAGCCAGCCCAGGUGGACCCGCAGUCCGUGCAGAAUGCCACACCAACACUAGCAGAAAAUGGGACGCCUCCACCAGAGGGGGAAGAACACAUCUCCGAGACUCUCUAUAUCCAAAACCUCAACGAGAAGGUGAAGAUCGACGUGCUCAAAGCUUCACUAAGAGGCCUGUUUAAGUCAUAUGGGGAGGUGCUAGAUGUUGUGGCGCACAGUAACUUGAGAAUGAGGGGUCAAGCAUUCGUCUCGUUCGCGUCCCCAGAAAUCGCGAAGAAAGCUAUGAAGGAAGUCCGUGGCUUCCCUCUCUACUCCAAACCUAUGCAAAUUUCGUUUGCGCGGACGCGAUCCGAUGCUGUUGUUAAACGACUGGACACUACCAACCUUGAACAGCACACAGCGAAGAGAGCUGAGCACAAAAGGCGUACGCGAUACUCGAACCCCUUGAAGCAGAAGUUUAAGGCUAAGCGGAUGGCCGCAGAAAUGGAUGGAGCUGCUGCAGCUCCUGCAGCCAGGCGUCCCAAUGUCCAGAUGCCAGACGAAUACUUACCUCCCAACAAGAUUCUUUUCCUUCAAAAUUUGCCUGAAAGUGUCACGAAGGAUCAGCUUAUGGCCCUUUUCUCUCAGUAUCCAAACCUCCACGAGACUAUCGCGUUCGUGGAAUACAUGGACGAAGGCAGCGCUGGGGUUGCCAAAGACGCCCUUCACAACUACAAACUUGAUGGGGAGAACAAGAUCAAGAUUACAUUUGCCCGGAAGUGAACUCGCUUCUUGUAUUGUCGUGCUUCGGGAUACUGUAUCAUAUAUGUUUUAAUCGACAUUGAGUCAGAGCUCCGGAGUGGUCCACCUAUUAUCGCCACGACUGCUUCAAGCCCACC